CCAAACAAACCAACAACUCGGUAUUUUCAGCGCUCAAAAUGAAAACCCAACCUUUGCCUCUGGAAAUGAAUCUCCAUUCUCACCACCCCCAGAUGAACGGUAUUUCCCAUUUCCGAUAUUUUACUCGAUCUGUCCCAUUCACCACCGUACACGCCAUGAUGUGAGAUAUUGAAAAGAGAAUGUUCCCUCCAUCGAGCCAUGACAUCGAGCUUCAUUUAUCUCACGGUGUUCACUCACUCAACGGCCAGUCACCGGUACGGGCGGAGGCUUGCGCGCGAUUCCGAAGCAGCUCCUCACACGUGGUAAUGGACGUGAGGGCGUUCCGCCGUAUCGGUUUCCUCUACGCAGUGGUGUGUUUGCUGGGUUCAACCGUUGGUGCGAUUUACUUUUUUCGGAAACUGGUGAAAGAUGAACCGAUCUGUGUGGAUUACUUUUGUGAGAAUGAAACAGUCAACUUACUAAACAUUGCCAUCAAUAUGAUGUUGUGUACGGUGUCCAUAACGUUUUCAUUAUUCGUGAAAAUAGGAAUCGAUGAGGCUAUUCCAGGAUACAUUCAAAUCAGUCGAGUUUUCAUGCUCACUAGAAACAUAGUUCUGAUGAUUCGCUGGACGUACGAAAGUGUCGCUUUGACAGUGUGUCAAAUCAACGGGGAUAACGAUACCAGUAUUGUGAAUGCUGAAACUACUGCCACCAUGCUCCUCAUUGCUAUGUCAGCACUUUGCGGUUUGGAGUUGUGGAUUCUCGAUGGUGUUCAACGCUAUGUGGUGCAAAAAGCUCAAGAAGACAGACGAGAAGAAGAGGUUUAUUGAAGUGAUGCAAUUUAUUCGAAAACCAUGACGAGGCUGUGAUUGUGUUCAACUAUACGAUUUUAGGAACUAUUUUACAUGAAACCUGGUGAUAAAAUGCAUUUAAACUGUGAUGAUGUUAA